AUGUUAAAAAAAAUUAAAUCGCAACCUGACCUCAAGGAACUGAGCCAUAUAGUAAAGGGCAUUAGAAAGACGGCGAAGGACGAAUUAUUAUUCGAACUAAAGCGGCAAGCUGACCCAGCUACUGAAAAGCUCAAGACAGCAAUAGAAUGUGUCCUUGGCGAAAGUGCACAGGUUCGCUCACUAACCCAAGAAACGGCCUUACAAAUAAAGGAUAUUGAUGAAGUGACGUCCAGAGAAGAAGUGUUAGAGGCGAUAAAAAAUAGCCUCCCGGAGGGAAAAGUUACGCUAUCAGUCAUUCGAGCAAUGCAUACAGCAUACGGUGGCACGCAGACAUGCACCAUCAGCCUACCACCGGCAUCCGCCCAAAAGCUGAUAAGCCUAUCCAAAAUACGUAUUGGCUGGGUCUACUGCCGCAUUAGGGAAAAGGCAGCUAUAACAAGGUGCUACAAAUGCCACGAUUUUGGCCACCUGGCAAGGAACUGCAAGAGCGAAGAUGACCGCACUACUCAGUGCUUCAGAUGUGGAGGGCAAGACCAUAAGGUUAAAAACUGCGUAAAUACGCCGAGGUGUGCGCUAUGUCUACAGCACGGCGAAAGUGACACUAACCAUGUGUCGGGAGGGCGAACAUGCCCCGCAUUCCAGAGAGCAGCCCAACAGAAGAAAGUAUGAAGGUCUUGCAACUUAACCUCAACCACUGCGAAGCAGCGCAAAGCCUGCUUACCCAAACAGUAUACGAACUGGGCAUCGAUGUUG